AUGGAUAGCCAAAUUGAAGGAGAAAUCAAAUAAAAAUGUAAGUGGAUAAUAAAAGUAAAUUAAAAAUUUAUUAUUUAAUUAUAUUCUGAUCAAGAUAACAAGCAAAGCAAAUUAUUAGACAUAAGGUAUUAUUGAAUAUUUAAUAAUCAAGCUAAAUCAUUCUAGAUAAGUGA